CCACCUCCUCCUCCUCCUCCGAUAUCCCUCACAAUGUUCUCUGCCGCCCGCCAUGCUGUUCGCCCCCAGUCGCUGCGCUCAGGCGCAUUCGCGCAGAUCCCGCGAUCUAUGAUUGCGCGGAAUAUGAAUAGCAAGGUUAAUGGCCCCGUCAUUGGUAUUGACCUGGGUACGACAAACUCUUGUGUAUCUAUCAUGGAGGGCAAAACUCCCCGUGUGAUUGAAAAUGCCGAGGGUAACCGGACAACACCUUCUGUUGUUGCGUUCACGAAGCACGGCGAGCGUCUUGUUGGUCUGCCUGCAAAGCGCCAGGCCGUUGUCAACCCGCAGAACACCGUUUUCGGGUUCAAGCGACUGAUUGGCCGACAGUUUAAUGACAAGGAGGUGAAGCAGGACAGGGAGCACUGGCCAUUCAAGAUUGUCCCUCGUCCCGACGGGCGACCUGCUGUGGAGGUCGACCAGGACGGCAAGAAGAGUCUCUACUCGGCUGAAGAGCUCUCGUCAAUGGUGCUGACGAAGAUGAAGCAGACGGCUGAGGCUUAUUUGAACAAAAAAGUGAACCAUGCUGUUAUCACCGUCCCGGCAUACUUCAACGAUGCUCAACGACAAGCAACGAAGGAUGCAGGUCAAAUUGCUGGCCUUGAUGUCCUUCGUGUUAUCAAUGAGCCGACUGCAGCUGCUCUCGCCUACGGUAUGGAUCGCACUGACUCAAACGUUAUCGCCGUCUACGACCUUGGUGGUGGUACCUUCGAUAUCUCCAUCUUGGAGAUGCAGAAGGGUGUGUUUGAGGUGAAGUCGACGAACGGUGACACUCACUUGGGUGGUGAAGAUUUCGACCACUUCCUCGUUGAGUUCAUCUUGAAGGAGUUCAAGAAGGAAAGUGGUUCCGACUUGUCGUCUGACCGAAUGGCGAUCCAGCGUAUUCGUGAAGCGGCCGAGAAGGCGAAGAUUGAGCUUUCGUCGACACAACAGACGGAAAUUAACUUGCCGUUCAUUACUGCUGAUGCGUCGGGACCGAAGCACAUCAACAUGAAAUUGCUACGGUCACAGUUCGAAUCGCUAGUGAAUCCGCUUGUCCAGCGUACUAUUGACCCCUGCAAGAAGGCUCUUUCGGAUGCUGGUGUCAAGGCAUCGGAGGUUAACGAAGUUAUCCUUGUCGGUGGUAUGACUCGUAUGCCAAAGGUUCAGGAUACGGUCAAGGGUGUCUUUGGUCGUGAGCCCAGUAAGGGUGUCAACCCUGACGAAGCUGUUGCUAUCGGUGCUUCGAUUCAGGCUGGUGUUCUCGCUGGUAAUGUCACUGAUAUCCUCCUUCUCGAUGUCACACCUCUUUCGCUCGGUAUCGAGACACUCGGUGGUAUCAUGACGAAGCUCAUCUCUCGCAACACGACGAUCCCGACCAAGAAGUCUCAAGUCUUCUCAACAGCCGCCGAUGGCCAGACCGCUAUCGAAGUCAAGAUCUACCAGGGUGAACGUGAACUCGUACGGGACAACAAGCUUCUCGGAAACUUCAACCUCGUUGGUAUCCCACCUGCUCCCAAGGGUGUCCCGCAAAUCGAGAUCACCUUCGACAUUGAUGCUGAUGGUAUUGUGAACGUCUCUGCUAAGGACAAGGCGACAGGCAAGGACCAGUCGAUGACUAUCGCUUCGUCAUCUGGUCUUAGCGAUAAGGAUAUUGAGAAGAUGGUUGCGGAUGCCGAGCAGUUCGCUGAGGCGGAUAAGACACGCAAGCAGGUGAUUGAGGAGGCGAACAAGGCCGAGUCGGUGUGCCAUGAUACUGAAAAGGCUUUGAACGAAUUCAAGGGCGACAUCGAGUCAGCAGACAACGAGAAGAUCACGAAACUCGUUUCCGACCUGCGUGAACUCGCUUCAAAGGGUCAGUCGGGUGACGCUUCCAUCACUGCAGAGUCGAUCAAGACGAAGAUCGACGAGACUCAGCAGGCAUCUUUGGGUCUAUUCCAGAAGUUGUAUGAGAAGCGUAACGCAGAAACUAACGCUUCGUCAUCGUCAUCUUCGUCGGAGUCAUCUACGGAGAACCAGAGUACGGAAGAGAACAAGGAGAAGAAGGAGAACUAAAUAACUCUCCUAUUAUCUUUUCCGAAUCUCGAAUUUCUCCCGCCUCGGUCGCGUCCACUACUAACUAAUCUGCUCAUUCUCACUACCUUGUCCAUAUCCUCCCCACUUACCACACCUAGACUUCCCCUGUCCAUCAAAAGUAGUAACUUUCGACAUCAUGCAUCAAUAUCUUAUAGUACACUAGCAUCUCGUAUAUUCCUUGUCUUUCCUUUUCUCUACUUUCCCUUCUUUCCUUUUCUUCGAUGCGCAGUAAACAACUGAGCGGCUCGCCGGUUUGUCGUACGUAGGGAGGAGGGAAGGAAAGUUGUUUUACAGCCCCACUCAGA